CGCUGAUGCUAAACUAAUCGGCAAGUAGCAAGGCGCGUCCGUGACUCGGUCUGCACGUACCGGUAGUAGGCGCUGACACAUCUGCUCGUAUCACACGGGACUCGGCCGCUGAUAACGUGCUUUAGUCGGCACAGGUAGCUCGCGGGUGCGCGCGGCGCCACACAGCUCCGCCAUGGCCGCUCGACAGCCCGCCGCUCUGUUCCCGGUCAUCUUCAACGGGGAACCCUACGACCUGGACCGCUUCAUGCGCGACCACCCUGGCGGAGUCAACACCCUCAAAUAUUACAAAGACAAGUCCAUAGUGCAAGCGAUGGCCAAGUACGGACACAGUAACAGUGCGUACCACAUGAUGAAUGACCUGAAAGUGGACAGUGCUCAGUUGAAGGAUGUGAACUUGACCGGUGCAGUGAGUGAGAACGGAAGGAUCAUUACCAAGGAGGAGGACACCAGGGACGUCGAGCAGAUCAAGUUUCUGGAGGAACUAGAGGCGCGGUUAGACUGGUCGAAACCUCUUUUAUCACAGUUGGAUGCCAUCGCCCCUCACUAUGAUACGUGGGUGAACUCGGCUGUUUACAGGAAGUGCAGGCUCUUCGCCAGCCCCGUGCUGGAGAGUCUCACAUACACACCUUGGUACCUGGUGCCCAUGUUCUGGGUGCCAAUCAUAUUGUACCUUGGAGUAACACAGUAUAUAGAGCUGGUUGCUUGUGGAGAUUCCUGCAAGCAGACGCCGCUCUCAAAUAUUCAGUAUAUCUAUCACAUAGUAUUAGGGAUUAUCUUAUGGUCUAUCCUGGAGUAUAGUCUACACAGAUGGGUGUUCCAUCUCAAUCCAGGAUCUUCAGUAACAAUGAUUAGGUUACAUUUUCUCAUGCAUGGAAUGCAUCAUAAGGUUCCAUUCGACGGGCUUCGCCAGGUGUUCCCGCCUAUACCAGCGUUUCUUCUGGCCGUCGUGAUAUACUCAAUAUUGCAGUUUUUCUUCGAUUAUUCUUUCAUCAAACUUACUGGAGGGCUUAUUGGGUACCUGACGUACGACAUGAUUCACUACUACGUGCACCAUGGCUCGCCCCGUGACGGUACCUAUCUCUAUGCCAUGAAAAGGUACCACUCCAAUCAUCAUUUUAUCAACCAUGACAAAGCCUUCGGCAUCAGCAGUAAGGUGUGGGACAUAGUUUUUAGAACAUUUGUACAUGUAAAAAAGUUAGGUUUUAGCUUACAUUGGUAGGAUUAACUUAUAGGAUAGCUAUGUACAGUGUUUAAAUUGUUGAUAUUCUGCCAAAGUUUAUUUAAAUUAUGAAAUCCGCACUAUUAUUGUGAACCUCCGCUAGAGGGCAGGAGUAUUGUUAUAUUUUAUAGAUUUUUAAUGUGUGUAAUAUAGGAGAGCGUUUUGUUAUAGCGUUGUUGACUUUUAUUUUAAAUAUAAUUUAGAAUUAGUCGAUUUGUAAAUAGUGGUGUCUGUGUGUGUCAUUAAGAUACAGUGUGACAUUGGCACACGAGGGACAAACCUAUUCAAGGACUCGAUUCUGAUGCUCAAAUUAAACAACUCUCUCCAAGGAAGACCAAUAUUGAAAUCUCAAAAAGUAAAAAGUCUAAGUA